AUGAAUUCCUCACGCCUUCUAACGGAAAUCAAUAGUCAACUGGCUCUGUUCAGAGAUAUGCUCAUUCACAUAGGACAGUCAAAAGAUAGUCCAGAGCUGAGAGAAAAAAUACGAAAAACGAGAAGAAGUUGCGUGGAAGGUUGCAAACACACGAGUCAACUUCUUUUACCUCAAAUUAAAAGUGCCGUAGCCGAAGGGAUCCCAGCAGAUAAUCCACAUUUUGUUUUAUUAUUCUUUAUGAUACAACUUUUUCUUCGUGAAUUAGCUAAAUGUAGUCGACUAAUACAAGUCGUUCCGAUGGACAUGAGUAGUUAUUACGCUGAAAAUUUGAACCGUCCAGGAACAUCGAACUUUAGUAACGUUAUAAGUCAAAUAUUAUUAUGUAAAACAAUAACUCCUGAUUUCAAUGCCGAAGAAAUAUGUAGUAUAGCAAAAGACAGCGAAGAAAUUAAAAAAAUUCUACAGGAAAUGCAGGAAUACAUGCCACAACAGGAAAAUCAAACCGAAAAAAACGUAGCCUUGAUCGGUGAAGAAAUGUAUAAUCAAUGGGCGAAAAAAAGGCGAAAUUCAUUUUACAACAAUAUGGGAUCUUUCUGCUGUAUAUGUCGACCGAAUUACCUAUGA